CAUCUUCAGGAUGACUGUUGGAGGCUGAGCCUGCGCUCCGGCGCGCACAUGCUCAGUGGCUCACAGAGGCUUUAAAGCGCGGCGGCUGCGGGCGGAGGCAAGCAGAGACGCAGAGCAGAGCGCAGAGCAGGAGCGCCAAGCCGGAGCGCAGAGCGGGAGGAGCAGCCAGCGCAGCAGAGGAGGAGAGCGGAGGCAGGAGCCCGGGAGAGAGCAGCCAGAUGAGCCAGUGACGCGCGCAGACCCGGCUCUGCUGGGCGCCGCACUCGCUUCCCCUCCGUCGGUUCUUCUCUCCAUCCUUCCUGCGCCAUGGUUCUCUGCAAAGUCCGGACCCUGGCGGUUUACUUUGACAGCCUGAACGAGAACAACCUGCCGGUGUUCUCCGGGGGGGACCUGGUGUCCGGCAGGGUGGUGGUGGAGGUCACCGGGGACGUGCGCGUGCAGAGACUCAACAUAACCGCGCGAGGAGUUGCCAAAGUCCGGUGGACGGAGUCCCGGAACGCGGGAGCGAACACGGCGUACACGCAGAACUACACGGAGGAGGUGGAAUACCUGCGGCACUACGACACCCUGAUCGGAGAGGACAGAGAUGAGGACACUCCAGAAGAAGGCGCGACGGUUCUGCACACGGGCCUGCACGAGUUUGCCUUCAGCUUCAACCUGCCGCAGAUGGCUCUGGCCACUUCCUUCGAGGGGAAGCACGGCAGCGUGCGGUACUGGGUGAAAGCCGAGCUGCACCGACCCUGGAUGAUGCCCGUCAAAGCCAAGAAAGAGUUCAUUGUGUUUGAACACAUCGACAUCAACACGCCGCUGCUGCUGGCCCCCCAGGCCGGCACAAAGGAGAAGACCCUGUGCUGCUGGUUCUGCGCCUCGGGUCCCAUCUCCCUCAGUGCCAAAAUCGAGAGGAAGGGCUACACUCCAGGCGAGUCCAUUCAGAUCUUUGCUGAGGUGGAGAACUGCUCGUCUCGGGUGGUGGUGCCCAAAGCCGCGCUGUACCAGACCCAGACUUUCUUCGCCAAGGGCAAGGGCAAGCAGAUUCAGCAGCUCGUGUCCAACCUGCGAGGAGACCCUCUGCAGCAGGGCAAGAGCCAGAGUUGGGAGGGCAAACUGCUGAAGAUACCCCCAGUGUCGCCCUCCAUCCUGGACUGCCCCAUCAUCAGAGUGGAGUAUGCCCUCGUGGUGUACGUGGACAUUCCUGGGGGGUUGAAUCUGUCCCUGUCGUUGCCGUUGGUGAUCGGGACCAUCCCCCUCCACGCCUGCGCCUCCCGAACCUCCAGCAUCAGCAGUAACUGCGGCUCCGUUGGCUGGCUGGGGUUACCGGAGAGACCAGAAGCUCCACCGAGCUACAGCGACCUGGCGAUAUCAGAGGAGCACAGGCGGGACUGUCUGCAGGGCUGUGAUAGGCCCGAGGGGGGCGGCGAGGACCAGACUCUGCUGACGUACAUCACAGAGUUCAGAUAUCUGCCCCCACCACUCUACUCUGAGGUGGACCCGUACCCCGACUCCAUGGAAGCUGCAGACGUCUGCAGAUCCGACGUGUGUCCAUCCCGCUGAGAGGAGCUCGGGUCACGUAGACCCAUGUACAGACCAGACGAAUGAAUGUCGCUCGCCGACCCGGGACCACGCUGAGACACGGGGGACUUGAUGGUUCCAGAAGACGCCGGAUCCACCAAAUCCCGAGCUCACGGACAACUGUGGCGGUGAACUGAGACGCCUCCAUUGGGCAUUGGAGUUGUCAUCCUCUGAAUGGCACAUUAGGACCGACGAAAGCCAUCUUCAGAUAGUUUGACUUGGACCUGAAGGUGGCGCUGUCCCCCACAGGACUUUUGGGGGUGGGGGUCUUUCCGUGCACAAAGCUGGAAGAAAGGCUUUGGCGGAUUCAUCUCUGAAGAACCGCGACCGAUGGCUUCAGGCCAAAGCUGACUGUGUGUUUUUGUGUGCGUGGGUUCGAAUGAGCAGCUGCAGACGCGCAACGCACAAUUUUACCAAGCUAACACGCCUGCAAAUGGCCUGCUCUCCGUGUCGCUGCAGACACGUCAUGCGGCUGUGCGCUCGCAAAAACCACAGCAACUACCUAAAUGUUUACAGAGAAAUAUCUUCAGAAUGUUCAAACACAACUUCUUCCACCUAAAAAUUCAAGUUAAAGUGCAAUAUAUUUUUAUAAUAACUGAUUUUUUGCACUAGUUUUUCAUAUAAUCUGUGCUGUUUAUUCCUUUUCUGUGCAUUAUUCUAUGUAACUGUUAUGGAUCAACUUUUGAUAAAAUAAAGUUUAUUUUAUAAAAUAA